AUGGAAAUUGAAUCAGAUAUUCCUAGAAUUCCAGACUUCAAAUUGUCUGAACAACAAUUCUUAUUGCAACACACAGACUUGUCUCAAGAAGAGCGUAAAAAGGUCAUAGAGGAGAUUCUCGAACAAAUCAAGAAGGAAGACCUUGCACCAUAUUAUAAAUAUUUGCAUGCUGAAAUUCCAGAUUUCCCAUAUGAUGAAAAAUUAUACCAAGAAUUGUCAGCCAAGAACGAAACCGUAAUUGAAGAAUUGAAACAAAGGAUUAAAGAUGCGGAAGGAGAAGAAGAAACUGAAUUGGAUGUAGUAUCCACUACUACAAAGUUGGCAGAAUACUACACUAAAAUCAUUGAUAGAAAGAAUGCAACUGAGACUUUCAAACAAGUAUUGGAAUUAUGUUCUGGAACUGGUAAUAAAAUUGAUCAUUUAUUGACUUUGGCAAGAAUCGAUUUCUUCUUCAACGAUUUGCCACUGGUUCAUAAACAUUUGGAACAAAUAGCUCAAUUGAGUGAAAAAGGGGGAGAUUGGGAACGUCGUAACCGUUACAAAGCAUACAAUGGUAUUUAUCUAUUGGCAACUAGAAAUUUCAGUGAAGCUGCUAAAUUGUUGAUUGAUUCAUUAGCCACAUUUACUUCUACAGAACUUUGUUCAUAUGAACAGAUCGCCCAUUACGCAACUGUUGCUGGUGUCUUGACUUUGGAUAGAGUUGAUUUGAAGGACAAGAUCAUUGAUUCCCCAGAAAUUUUAUCUAUUUCCUCGUCGGCUCCAGACUUGGAACCAUUGAUGAACUUGACAAAUUCAUUGUACACUUGUCAGUACAACUGUUUCUUUCAAUACCUCUUGGAGUCAUAUGACAAGUUAUUGUUGCCAAAUAAGUAUUUACAUAAGCAUGCUAACUACUUUAUCAGAGAAAUGAGAUGCAAAGCCUAUGGUCAAUUGUUGGAGAGUUAUAAAUCAUUAUCCUUAAAAUCUAUGGCAAACAAUUUCAACAUAAGUGAAGAGUUCUUGGAUCAAGAUUUGUGCAAGUUCAUUCCUACCAAGAAGUUGAAUUGUACUAUUGACAAAGUCAAUGGAAUUAUCGAAACUAAUAGACCAGAUAACAAGAAUAACCAGUACCAUUUAUUGAUCAAACAAGGUGAUACUUUAUUAACAAAAUUACAAAAGUAUGGUGCAGCUGUUAAAUUGAGUGGUGCUGAAAGAGUUGUAUAG